CGCCGCCCGCCGCUGCAGCCAGCCGCCCUGGAGCCGCUUCGAGACGUCCAUCUAGGCCUGGCCCUGCCAUGUGCUGGUUCCGCUCGCCUGGCCCUCCUCUCGGGCCACUAUCUCUACUACCACUACGGCUGCGAUGGCCUGGACGAUCGAGGCUGGGGCUGUGGCUACCGCACGCUGCAGACCUUAUGCUCGUGGCCUAAGGGCCACACCGAGGGCGUGCCGGAGUUGGCAGCAGUGCAGGCAGCCCUCGAGGACAUGGGCGACAAGCCCCCCGGAUUCCGGGGCUCCCAGAGCUGGAUCGGCUGUGUAGAGGCCAGCCUUUGCCUGGCCCACUUUGGCGGGCCCAAGGGGCGCCUGUGUCACGUACCCAGGGGCACAGGCCUUCAGGGGGAACUGGAAAGGCUUUAUUCCCACUUUUCUGAGGGUGGGGGGCCUGUAAUGGUGGGAGGGGAUGCUGAUGCCCGAGCCAAGGCCCUGCUGGGAGUCUGCCUGGGGCCAGCCAAGGAGGCCUACGUCCUCGUCCUGGACCCUCACUGCUGGGGAGCUCCUGCAAACCCUGGGGAGCUCCAGGCUGCUGGGUGGGUGAGCUGGCAAAAGGUGACCACUGCCUUCGACUCCAACUCCUUCUACAACCUGUGCUUGACCAGCCUUCACUGAAAAGCAGCCACUGCUGUGGGACUAAGGAAGACCCCAAACCGAGGCCCCUGGCCACCUUUCUAUGGCAGAGUUGGUUACUUGAUGUCAAGUCCCAUGGCAGUACCGCCCCAGUAGAGCCUGGGCAUUUGACACCAAUAAAAUGGCCCGUCCUGGCUAA